AUGGCCGGGACGUACAGCUCGACUCUGAAGACGCUGGAGGACUUGACCUUGGACUCCGGGUAUGGGGCCGGGGACUCGUGCCGCUCGCUCAGCCUCUCGUCCUCCAAGUCCAACUCGCAGGCGCUCAACUCUUCGGCGCAGCAGCACCGCGGGGCGGCCUGGUGGUGCUACUCCGGCUCCAUGAACAGCCGCCACAACAGCUGGGACACGGUGAACACGGUGCUGCCCGAGGACCCCGAAGUGGCCGACCUCUUCUCACGCUGCCCGCGGCUCCCCGAGCUGGAGGAGUUCCCCUGGACCGAGGGAGACGUGGCCCGGGUGCUCCGCAAAGGCGCGGGCGGCCGGCGGCUGCCCCAGUUCUCCGCCGAGGCUGUGAGGCGCCUGGCCGGGCUGCUCCGCAGGGCACUGAUCCGCGUGGCCCGCGAGGCGCAGCGCCUGAGUGUGCUGCACGCCAAGUGCACCCGUUUCGAGGUGCAGAGCGCCGUGCGCCUGGUGCACAGCUGGGCGCUGGCUGAGAGCUGCGCGCUGGCCGCAGUCAAGGCGCUGUCCCUGUACAGCAUGAGCGCAGGCGACGGGCUGCGCCGGGGCAAGUCCGCGCGCUGCGGCCUCACCUUCUCAGUGGGCCGCUUUUUCCGCUGGAUGGUGGACACCCGCAUCUCCGUACGCAUCCACGAGUACGCAGCCAUCUCGCUCACCGCCUGCAUGGAGAAUCUGGUGGAGGAGAUCCGGGCCAGGGUUCUGGCCAGCCAGAGCCCUGAAGGCGGAGGGGCCGGAGGCGGGGAGGUGUCUGCUGAGGCCCUGGAGAUGGUCAUCAACAACGACGCAGAGCUCUGGGGCGUCUUGCAGCCCUAUGAGCAUCUUAUCUGCGGCAAGAACGCCAAUGGUGUCCUCUCCCUCCCUGCGUACUUCAGCCCCUACAACGGCGGGUCCCUGGGCCAUGACGAGCGAGCCGACGCCUAUGCCCAGUUGGAGCUCCGGACCCUGGAGCAGUCCCUCCUGGCCACCUGCGUGGGCAGCAUCUCGGAGCUGAGUGACUUGGUCUCCCGUGCCAUGCACCACAUGCAGGGGCGCCACCCCCUGUGCCCGGGCGCCAGCCCUGCCCGCCAGGCCCGCCAGCCGCCACAGCCCAUCACUUGGUCCCCCGACGCCCUCCACACGCUCUACUACUUCCUGCGAUGUCCACAGAUGGAGUCCAUGGAGAACCCCAACCUGGACCCCCCGAGAAUGACCCUGAACAAUGAACGGCCCUUCAUGCUGCUGCCGCCCCUCAUGGAAUGGAUGCGUGUGGCCAUCACCUAUGCAGAGCACCGCCGCAGCCUCACUGUGGACAGUGGCGACAUCCGCCAGGCGGCCCGGCUGCUGCUGCCUGGUCUGGACUGUGAACCUCGGCAGCUCAAACCUGAACACUGUUUCAGUUCCUUCCGGAGGAUGGAUGCCCGAGCAGCUACUGAAAAAUUCAACCAGGACCUGGGUUUCCGCAUGCUCAACUGUGGGAGGACAGACCUCAUCAACCAAGCCAUCGAGGCCCUGGGGCCGGAUGGGGUUAACACUAUGGAUGACCAGGGUAUGACACCGCUGAUGUACGCCUGCGCUGCAGGGGACGAGGCGAUGGUCCAGAUGUUGAUUGAUGCUGGGGCAAACCUGGACAUCCAGGUUCCAAGCAACUCUCCUAGGCACCCUUCCAUCCACCCUGACAGCCGGCACUGGACCUCGCUGACAUUUGCUGUGCUGCAUGGACACAUCUCUGUGGUCCAGUUGUUGCUGGACGCUGGUGCCCAUGUGGAGGGCUCAGCAGUGAAUGGCAGCGAGGACAGCUACACGGAGACGCCUCUGCAGCUGGCCUCUGCGGCAGGAAACUACGAGCUGGUCAGUUUGCUGCUGAGCCGAGGUGCCGACCCGCUUCUCAGCAUGCUCGAGGCCCACGGCAUGGGCUCCUCCCUCCAUGAGGACAUGAACUGCUUCAGCCACUCAGCUGCCCACGGCCACAGGAAUGUCCUGAGGAAGCUCCUGACGCAGCCGCAGCAGGCGAAAGCAGACGUGCUGUCCCUGGAGGAGAUCCUGGCUGAGGGUGUGGAGGAAAGCGACACGUCAAGCCAGGGCAGCGGCAGCGAGGGGCCCGUGCGGCUGAGCCGGACCCGCACCAAGGCCCUGCAAGAGGCCAUGUACUACAGCGCCGAGCAUGGUUACGUGGACAUCACCAUGGAGCUGAGGGCGCUGGGGGUCCCCUGGAAGCUGCACAUCUGGAUCGAGUCUCUGAGGACCUCCUUCUCACAGUCACGGUACUCAAUGGUGCAAAGCCUCCUGCGGGACUUCAGCUCCAUCAAGGAGGAAGAGUACAACGAGGAGCUGGUGACCGAGGGCUUGCAGCUCAUGUUUGACAUCCUCAAGACCAGCAAGAACGACUCCGUCAUCCAGCAACUGGCUGCCAUCUUCACCCACUGCUACGGCAGCAGCCCCAUCCCCAGCAUCCCAGAGAUCCGGAAGACCCUGCCAGCCAGGCUAGAUCCGCACUUUCUGAACAAUAAGGAGAUGUCAGACGUGACCUUCCUAGUGGAAGGAAAGCUGUUUUAUGCACAUAAAGUCCUGCUGGUGACAGCUUCUAACAGGUUCAAGACACUAAUGACCAAUAAAUCCGAACAGGAUGGGGACAGCAGUAAGACCAUUGAGAUCAGCGACAUGAAGUACCACAUUUUUCAGAUGAUGAUGCAGUAUCUGUACUACGGAGGAACAGAAUCCAUGGAGAUCCCCACUGCUGACAUCCUGGAGCUACUGUCAGCCGCCAGCCUGUUCCAGCUGGAUGCCCUGCAGAGGCACUGCGAGAUCCUGUGCUCCCAGACCCUCAGCGUGGAGAGUGCUGUGAACACCUACAAAUAUGCCAAGAUCCACAACGCCCCAGAACUGGCCCUGUUCUGCGAGGGCUUCUUCCUCAAGCACAUGAAGGCCCUGCUGGAGCAGGACGCCUUCCGGCAGCUCAUCUACGGCCGCAGCAGCAAGGUGCAGGGCCUGGACCCACUGCAGGAGCUGCAGAGCACCCUGGCCGAGCGCGUGCACUCUGUCUACAUCACCUCCCGGGUGUGAGGCUGCCCAGGCCAGGGCCCACCAGGUCAGAGAAUGGUUGUAGGCCCCCUUGGAGCCAGGUUCACGGGGCUGUUUCCUCCUCCUUCCCCAGAUGCUUCCUCUGACGUUGAUUUGUCCUUGGGUAGGCAGAUGUGCCUGAGCCCCCGCCACCAGGCAGCUUACCCUCAGCUCCUCUGCCCCAGAGCUGUUUGUUCAAUCAGUGAUGGGCAAAGGGGAGAUGUAGCCAGCUGGCGGCCCUUCUCCCCAUCCCAGUGUACCUCGAGGGCGGCCAUGCAUUCCCCUGCGUGCCCCUCUUCUGCAGCUCAGCAGCUGGUCCUGACCCACCUCUGCCUAGGUCCCCCAAGCUCUACCCACCCCUAGGGCCUCAGUAAACUCAGACCAUCCCAACUGGGGUACCUAGGGGUGCGGCAAUCCUUAUGAAUGUAUGGAAUGUAUGCUGCCUAGGCCCCCGGCUGUCUAUAGUAAUUCAAAAGCUGGUAUUUUUCUUCCUAAAUGUCACAUAAGAAAAGCUGCCCAAAUCCCUAACUAACUUAUUCCUCAAAAGUUUGAAAGGCUUGAUGUGGGCCUCCAGUGGCCUGAGGAUCCCCCUGCCACCACCACUGCUGCCAACCAGAGUCCCCCCAGCCCCAUUGUCUUUGGUGCCUGGGCUUCCAGAGUCCCUCCCAUCAGGACUGUCAUCACCUUGCUCAGUUGGUGGCAGAGGGCAGUUCCCCAGCUGAUGGUUUCUAAGUCUGGUGUGGAGGGGCACGGGGUAGGGGAUGGGGUACCGUGUAGGAGCCUGGUGGCCUCAGCUCUUGUUUUGCUGCUGCUUUGAGGGGCCAAAGUAAAUGGGUGGAUUCUGGACCCUCAGGCCUAUAGACUAGGUUGCCUUUGUGGGGUCAAGCGGCAGAGCUCCCUGGUCAGGUCUCUCAAGCGAAAGCUUCCCUUAAUGUAGGAUUGAGAGCUGGGCAAGCACUUCUCACUGGGGACUGUGGCUCUUGGAGAUAAAGGACAGGGCACUGGUAGGGGACAAGGGCUGGGAGAAGAGGCCCUUCUGCUGGGUCCCCUCCCGGCACUGCCCUCAAAUUCUACAGUCCCUGGGCUCCCCUGACACCUGUCAUAUUUAUGGACCAGACACUGGGGCAGCAUCAGGCACAGCCUGUCUGGGUGCAGCUUCUGCAGCUGUCUGGCCGCACCUUAGAAACUAUUUAUUCACCAAAAGCCCUGGACAUUUCAGGAGGUGUUGCUCAGGCCACCCUGAAAAGCCCCCAGGGGCUUGCAAUCCUGGAAAAUAUUUUGACUAGCUGCUUGGCUGGAUGUACAAAGAAAUAGUCACUAUUUUAUUGCUGUAAUAUUGUAUGAUACUUUAACUGUACAAUAAUGUUGUCACUUACUGUAAAUGUACCAUGGUUUUAUUAACAAUAAACACUCAUUAACAAUGA